CUCGGAGUCUUGGAGCGGUGCUAGUACAACCUGGAACUAAGCGGCUAACGGCAGCAUGAAUACAGGGUAACAUAUACUAUGCAUUCUAGAGAGGAGGACAAGCUUGGAGUACUGCUUUUGAACCAUUUCCACUUUGACGGAGUAUUUUUUUCCCCUUCUUCCUCAUCUGUGAAAUAGAUGGACAUUAGCGCAUUCGCAUCAAUUUGACAUACCUCCAUACAUUCACUCGCCCGCGCCACAAAAUUGCAUAUUCAGACGGUCUCCGAUUUGGAGGUUCAAAAACAUCUCAAGGAUAUUGUCCUAAUAAACGUUGAGUCAUGGAUUCAUUUUUUAUUCCACCACGAAUUUGCUGGUGGAGGGUAUUGUUUAUUUUGACCAUCUUUCAGGACUACUUGAGCAAUAUGCUGGACUGCCCGCCAACCUGCAGCUGUUCUCCAACUGAGAUCUAUUGCAAUAAGUCUGACAAUGGAAAAUUCUUUCCCCUGCUUGCACUGCAAGAUACUGGAAACAAUGGAAAUAACAGUAUCGAAGAUGUGUUCAAGAACAUCACCUCAAUACACAUUGAGAACUGGACUGGCCUGCAGACACUGAAAGAUGUGGACAUGGAGCUGUACACUGGACUUCAGAGACUAACAAUCAUGAACGGCAACCUGCGAGGUAUCCAGGCCAGAGCCUUCUCCCAGAACCCCCACCUGCGCUACAUGUGAGUGGUGUUACUGUUACCUCAUUCUCUCUCUCUCUAGGCUGACUGGUAAACACAAAUGAGAACAUACAUCACAUCUGCCAUUCAUCCCCUCAUCGUGUGGAUUCUCCCCCUUCCUUUUUUACAAUUAUUUUUGGCAGACUGCAUUGUUCACAGUUCACCGCCGUCUGACUGUGCACACUGACUGACUGAUCUUCAUUCAACAGUGAAAUAUUCAGAUUGACUAUGCCACAUAUUUACCAAAGCAAGCAGAGUUUAGUUUAGCACAAGCUUGGGAGCGUCAUGACAGAGCAGCCAUUUACACUGUAAUCCUGAUUGUUUAUAUGCCGGCAUACUGUUCCACAUGAGACCCACAAACCAUUCUAGCUCUCUCCCUGUGACCCUGUCCCAUCCCAGGCAUACAU